UGAAUUUAGUAAACAAUUUUCUGUACUUCGUUUACAUGUGAAAUGGCUCGUACUAUUUCAUUAGGUACUACGGUGUCUAAUUAGUCUCAUUUAAUUUAAUACAUCACAAUCUUCACAGUGUUGCAUAGAGUGCGACAGCCGUGUGCUAGUGACAGCUCAAAGAACUGAAAAUGCCAGGAUGAGUCUGGUCGCCAUUGUAUCUGGGGCCACCAAAUUGGCGGUCAGUAUCAUAGGACUGGGAACUAAACUUUGGUUUCUGCCUACAUUCCUAGCAGCCUUCGCUUAUUAUCACUAUGACCUUUUCGAUCCGGAGAACAGGCCAAUAAAUGUCAAGGAAGUCCUUCCAAAAUACGACUUCGUCAUCAUAGGUGGUGGUACUGCAGGCGCCGUGCUCGCUAACCGCCUCACAGAGGUGCAAAACUUUAAUGUUCUUCUCCUGGAAGCCGGGGGUGAUGAACCCGAAAUAGCAGAUGUUCCUAUUCUCUCUAUAUAUCUACACAGAAGCCAAAUAGACUGGAAAUACAGAACGCAGCCUCAAGCCUCAGCAUGCCAAGCUAUGGUGGACAAGCGAUGUUGCUGGACCAGAGGUAAGGUCCUCGGGGGCUCCAGUGUCCUCAACACAAUGCUCUACAUCCGUGGCAAUCGCCGAGACUUCGACCUAUGGGAGAGUUUAGGCAACCCCGGCUGGGGAUAUGACGAAGUACUGCCAUAUUUUAAGAAGUCUGAAGAUCAACGGAAUCCAUACCUUGCAAACAACACAAAAUAUCACGGAACUGGAGGUUAUCUCACGGUUCAAGACGCUCCCUGGAACACACCUCUCGGCAUUGCGCUCGUGCAGGCCGGGGUAGAGAUGGGGUACGAACAUAGAGACAUCAACGGUGAAAAACAAACAGGCUUUGCUUUAUUUCAGUACAAUAUGCGGCGUGGAUAUCGCUGCAGUAGUGCCAAAGCUUUCCUACGUCCGGUGAGGUUAAGGAAGAAUAUUCAUAUUGCUAUGUGGAGUCAUGUAACGAAAGUGCUUAUAGACCCUAACACUAAACGUGCUUUUGGAGUAGAGUUCAUCCGUGGUGGCAAAAAGCAAGUAGUGCUUGCAAGCAGAGAAGUGAUUCUAUCAGCGGGAGCAAUUGGCACACCGCAUCUGCUCAUGCUGUCUGGAGUAGGGCCAGCGGAACAUCUGCGGCAAAAGAAAAUACCAGUCAUUCACGACGCUCCGGGUGUUGGGCAGAAUCUGCAAGAUCACAUUGCCAUAGGAGGAAUUGCCUUCCAGAUUGACUAUCCGGUCAGUGUCCUCAUAGACCGCUUUAUGAACCUCAACAAUGCGCUGCGGUACGCCGUGCAAGGAGAUGGACCGCUAACUUCCAACAUCGGUCUCGAAACCGUGGGUUUCAUUUCGACGAAAUAUGCUAACCAGACCGACGACUGGCCCGACAUAGAGUUCAUGAUGACGGCAACUACAACGUCUUCAGAUGGAGGCACACAAACGAGGAAAGCUCACUGCAUAACCCAAAAAUUCUACGAUGAAUAUUUCGCACCUAUCAACAAGAGAGACACCUUUGGAAUAUUUCCCAUGAUUCUGCGCCCAAAGAGUCGUGGGUACAUAAAGCUACGAACCAAUGAUCCAAUGGAUUAUCCUCUGAUAUACCAUAACUAUUUAACCCAUCCUGAUGAUGUGAGGGUAAUGAGAGAAGGGGUCAAAGCAGCAAUUGCGGUGGGAGAAACCGCUUCAAUGAAGAGAUUCGGCACGCGGUUUUAUAGAAAAGUAGUUCCUGGCUGCAAUGGCUACGAAUUUUUCACGGAUGAAUACUGGGAAUGUGUCAUACGGCAAUACACGAUGACCAUUUAUCACAUGUCUGGAACGGCCAAAAUGGGCCCAGCAGACGAUCCAUUUGCGGUUGUUGAUCAUGAACUAAAAGUGCACGGCAUUCAGGGGUUGAGAGUAAUAGAUGCAUCCAUUAUGCCCACUAUUACCAGUGGAAAUAUAAAUGCACCCGUAUAUAUGAUCGCUGAAAAGGGUGCUGAUAUAAUAAAGGAACUGUGGAAAUCGACAAAAAAGGAAAGGAAAAGAAGAGGCGUUAUUUCAAACAAUUCCACGAAUAUAAAGAAAAGGCAUGGUUCAAAGGCUAGAAAAAAUUCACAAUAAAAUUAAAAAUAUAUUGAAAGUAGUGGUCACUGCAUAGCGUCGUUCUUUCCAAAA